ACGAAAGCAUGCCACGCCAUCGACACUAAAACUGUUAGCAUCAAAGGCCCAAAUGGUAAGACUGUUUUCUUAUACUUUGAGUUAGUUCUGAUGGUUUGGUAACUAGAUGUAUUGAUAUGCCAGCAUAAUUAAAUGCCUACAAUCUGAUGUCUUUUUACACUUAAAGACAUAGGAGGCUUGAACUUUCCCGUUUUCCACCUUGUUGUCUUCGCACUUUUAUAGUACUGAAAACAAAGAGAGGUUACACGUUCUCAUUGUUCCAGAAUUGAUAGCUGACAUUUGCCUUGUCUUACGCGCUGUGAUUGGCCCAAUAUAUUGUGGCUUCUUUCUCGAUCAAACAAUUAGAAGUAAAACUAAAGCAAUUCACAAAUCGUUCCAACACAUUUUCUCGCAAUUAGACCCAGCCUCGUUUCCAGGGCCUUUCCCAUAAGCCAUCAUGAGAGGUAUAAAAGUAAUUCUGAUAGUGUUAAAUUUCGACAAUUAUUUGAACUUUUGUAUCUUUGAUCCUUAUGUAAAUUCUUUAUCAUUUCUUGGGGCAUACUGCUAUUUAACCGCAGAAGGGUGCAAAGGAGUUGCUCAGGAACACAUGGCGCUUUUUAAGUCGAUUGAAUACGUGUCUACUUUGUGUGAUUUCGUAGGUGCUCAUUGCGUGCAAAAAAUCCAAAGGUGUGGUUGUGUGCGUGGCUGCUAUCGAGCGUCAUUCCGCCAACUUUACACUGCCACCGUAUUUGACGUGCAGACGAAUAGAAACAAGACGUUGGAAGAGGUGAGCUGAAGUUAAGACAUGAUAAGAUCCGGAUUUAACUAAUUUCUACUGACGGCACUUUGUAGAGUACACAGCCGUGCGUUGAAUUAAGUAACUGCUUUUUUAUAUAGGUGGUAGAUAUCGGACGUUGUAAUGGGGAAUGUCCUAAAAGGAACAAGCAGCAAUGCCUUCACUGGUAAGAAUCUAACCCAAAAAGUUAUUCAGUAAAAUAACUUUCAUUUCGACUCAUCUAGGAAAGUUUGUUCUAAUAUAAUGAUGCCUGUUUAGUUAAGGUAAAAAAAAAUAAAACUGCAAAAACCGUGUACAAACAAUCUUGUACAACGUCGGAUCCAAAGAGAUCAUGAUCAGUCAAAAUAUAUAAAAUUGAAAACGUUACAGUCAAGAAGACUUUUGCAGGGACUGAUCAAACAACGUGAUAUAGAGUUAAGUUGCGAUAUUUCGACUGGCCAAUAUCAGACAUCAUCAGGUUAUUAAUGAUGUCCAUUACUGUUAUUUAUAAUGAUGAUGAUGAUGAUGAUGAUGAUGAUAAUGAGGAUGACGACGACGACGAUUGCUAUAUAUAG